ACAACAAUGGCUACAAAUUCUUCCUCUGCUCCUUUUAUAAACGUUUGCAAUAAAGAACUAAGUAUUGAUGAGUAUCACUCAGUCUAUGAUAAAGUGAAGUCUAUUUCUGCUAGUUGGAAGUCAUUCGCUAUUUCAUUACGUUUGAGAAUAACUGACAUUAAUGCCAUAGAAGCUUGCUCUCAUGGAAAUGCAAUUUCUUACCUGCAGAAAGUUAUUGAGCAUUGGCUAAUGAAAAAUUAUGAUUAUGAGCGUUAUGGCUGGCCCUGCUGGAGAAUGGUGUGUGUAGCUGUUAAAGAAGGAGGAGGAAAUUCAGCAUUAGCUGAUGAAAUAGCUCUUGAACAUCCUAUGAAAAUAAUAGAUAUAAUUAUUCUAGUACAUAUAUCUGCAUUCUAUGCUACAAAUCAACUACCUAAUUUAGAAGAAAUCUGUGAUGAAUUUGUCACUCUCCUUUAUGAAACAAGAAUUUCACUUGAGAAGCAGCAACUUCCAAACAUCAUUGAUUUCAUUGAAGUUCAAGUCAUGUUGUUACUCAAUCCAAAGGAUCAAACACCUGAAAACAAGGAGCUGGUGAGAAAGGAAUUUCAUCACAUUAAAGAUAUGCAACAAUUGUUUUAUGUUCUUGAAAAAUUUGUGUCCUGGUUUAACUAUUCAUUGCUACUCAAAAUUGGCAAAGUUUUUAUUCAGAAGAACAAAUCUCUGAAAAAAAGUUGGUCAGGCUAUGAAAGUAAAAUUAGGGACUAUUUCACAAUGGGUGAAGGCUGGGCCAUUCAAUGUGUUGAUGCUGUAGCAUUUGGCCUCACUGAUAUUCCUGACGCAAAAGCUAUGAUAAUUGAAGUUAAAAGAGAUGAUUAUACUUUUUACGAUCUCACUAUGAUUUAUCACCAAGUUCCUAGUGCUUUCAAAAUUCCUAAUGUCAGACUUUACUUCAGUUCUGUUACCAUGUCCAAGGAGUGUUUAAAACUAAAUUAUUUUAUUCCUAAUUAUUUGUACUUCAUACUGUUUCCUAUAAACGAAGAGCAACUGCAAAACCUGGCAAGUAUCAAUGAAAUCUCUAAACUGGAGUGUGGUGAAUAUUCAUACAACAUUAAUGAGGGAUCAGAACAACAAGUACAACACAGUUUUUCCGAAGUUGAUAUAUGUGAUCCAUUAUGGUAUGAGAAUACCACUAGCAUUUGCCCUAACUUUAACAUCAAUGCCACUACAACAGGUGGCCUGUCAUUACUUCAUUUUGCAUCAUGGAGUGGCAGUAUAUUACUAGUGAAAGCAUUAGAAGAAUAUAAUAUCAGUUGUACAGAAGAUAAUUCUAAAUUGUCUCCAGUACAUUAUGCUGCCUGGUCAGGUUCUACUAGUGUACUAAGCUAUAUCAUAUCUCAUUAUAAUCUCAAUGCUAAUGAUACUGAUACUGCUGGUCGUACACCAUUAGUCUACUCCUGCCAGUCAGAUAAAGCAGGACGCACGUUAGUACAUCAUGCUGCAUGGAGUGGUAACUUUGAUUUAGUUCAGUAUCUUAUUACUGAACAAGAAUUAAUAACUACCUAUCAGUUAGAUUCUCAUCAAACUGACAAUAAUGGCAUGCUACCAAUUCAUUAUGCUGCUCAAUCUGGUGAUAUUUUACUACUGGAAUUAUAUGUGAAGGAUAACAAGCAUAGUCUGAACCUAACUGAUGACAAUGGUUGGAAUGUUAUUCAUUAUUCAUCAUCAAGAGGUCACACUCAUUUCAUCAAGUAUAUCACCAGUCAGUAUCCAGAAUCAGCCAAUAGUCUAAUAUACUCUACUGAUAAAAAGGGGGAGAUGCCAUUACAUUAUGCACAAGAGAAUAAUCAUAAUCAAUUGGUCAGAUUUCUAAAAAAUAUAAAGCGUGAGAUUCAAGAGAAGGCAAGAUGUGUCACACAGUGA